AUGCCAUACCUCUCGCCAUCGUCGUCUAUGGCGUCGACAACGGAAACAAUUGAAAAGGAAGAUGCUCCCCGUAUCUCCCACCGUAGAACACGCUCAGCAGCCGCCACCUUUUCUACCGAGGCAUCUGGACCAGGCGCGUUUACGCCAUUGACCGGCCUCCCGCGACGACAACGACAGUUUGAGAAGCGAACACUGUUCCAAAUCGCUCCAGACGACGACGAUGAGCUCGAGACGGCGCCCCCACUGCCCACACCGCAACCCCCAACUCCCCCAGCUCAGCUAGACAAAUCUCGCGCGCCCCAGAUAACGCUUGCAGAGACACCCGCAACGCCCCCCGUGUCUGAUAUUCCAUUUCCAACUAGUUCCACAUCUGAGGCCCCGAUUCCAUUUCCCAGCUUUGACCGACACGAUAUUCCGGCUUCUAGAUCUUCAUCCAUCUCGCGCACCGGCUCAACUCCCAUCGUCCUGGCCAACGGCAAGCCGCUGAAGCCAUCGCUCAAAUCGUCGCUGUCAUCCCCCCAUAUUGGUGAUUGGCGCUCACAGCACCCACGUUCCAAAUCGGAACCUCCGACCCCAUCGGGAACAAAGAGCGUUCAUUUCCCAGAACGAAAGGAUAAUUUAGAAAGCGUAGUCGUGUUUGAAAAGACUGCACGGCCACGCGCUGUGAGCGGCAAUGCCGAUGAUACGGAGACAGAGACCGAGGGAUACGAUUCGCCGGCGAACGCUGCGGUGCUUUCCGGUGGCAGCUAUUUUCCUCCCGUCGACCCCAAUCAGCUUGGAAUCGAGAUUGACGGCUCGUUGUCGUCCCCCGUUCCCACCAAGGAGCCAUCUGCAUUCGCAAACGUCCACGUCGAGACCCUCGUGUUUCCCCGCACACGACCGCCAACGCUUCGAGGCUCGAUACUUGUCAAGAAUGUCGCAUUUGAAAAGUCGGUGGCACUGCGUUUCACUCUCGACAACUGGCAGACGACGAGCGAGGUUGUGUGCAAAUAUGUGUGCUCCCUCCCGUCUCUUCCUUCCCCCUUCCCUCCUGAUCGUGCCUCGCCUGGCGUGCCAACGCUUACUUGGGACCGUUUUUCGUUUUUGGUAAGAUUGGAGGACGUGGAGAGAAAAUUGGCCGAGCGGACCAUCUUUUUCGCCGCACGCUACCAAGCCUCUGGUGUUGGUGAAUGGUGGGACAACAAUAAUGGUGCCAACUACAAGCUCGUCUUCAAAAAGAUUGCAUCUGGUAACAAGCCAACCCCGUCGCAAUCCAAGCCUAGCCCCUUGAGGUACAAUAUGGGCGAUGGCCCAAAGAGGAUGUUCCCAGAUCUCGAUUUGCGUCCGUCGACAAUGUCUGUGGCAUCCGACGAGGUCAUUCCGCCUCUCAGGCUCAAGAAACCGUUCCAUGGGGCGAGUGCGUCCCUCUCGUCGAAAGGAUCCGUCUCGUCCCCAAUCAUCACCAACGUGAACGCUGUCACUUCGCCACCGCCGGGUCCCCAAACGUCGCAGAUGGGAGCCCACAAUCGAUCCGCGUCCACGUCUUCCAUCACGUCUAGCGGAAGCUCUGGUAGCUUGCGCUUGUCCAACUAUGCAUCGCCUACAUCCCCUGUGAUCCCGGUCAGUGGUCCGACGAAACGAGAACCGAUCAACGUUGGACCAAUCGUUGGUGGACAACCCAUCACGUCUCCCCCACCCUCCGCGACUGCCGAACCGACGACGAAUGGUCUAGGUGUGCCCACGCCCAAUGGACCAUCAUUGUUGCAGAGAAGGUCACCGACCAACAGCCUCGCUUCGACCUUGACGACCCCAGUCUCUGCUGGUGGGCCCAUUACGCCCGCAACGCCAAACGGAACCGCCCUACUUCCUCAAACUCAGGGCGGCGAUAAGACCCCUUCGGCUACGAAUGACAAGACGCCGUCCACGACGUCUUAUGGGGGCAAUCGGAUGUCGUACCCGUUUAAUACAGACAGUUCGUACGCUGCGCUGGUGGAAAAAUGGUGUUUCCACCAGUCACCGCCACCGCCGGCUCAUCUUGGCGGCUCCACGCUUGACGGGAGUCCAUCCUCCGAAGUCUCGACUCCCGGAUUAGGAUCCGAGCUUCCGGUUCACACUACGACCAAAGCAUUCCAGUCGACGGCGUCCGGCUAUGGAUCCGGCUAUGGCUAUGGACACCAUCAGGUCCUUGGCAAGCCUUUGACGCUCAAACCCUGA